AUGCCUCUCAGUCCCGUCACCAGCGGUCUCGGCAAGGGCCUGCCGGCCAACAAAGUUCAGUCAAAGGCGACCGAUAAUGUCAAAGGGAUCGCGAAGGACCCAGUAAAGCAGGUCAAUAAAACCACACAGCCUCUGACGGAGCCUGUUCUUCCAGGCCAAUUCCCCUCGGACGAUGCCCCCAAAAACGAUGAUAAGCCACAGCCCGAAAUCCAGUUUUCAGCUAUCUGGACAUCCUUCAGUCAGUGGCUAUAUGGCCUUUUCCCGCAAAGUGUUGAUACAUUUGAGUGGAUCGUGAAAUGGCUUGUGGAUAGAUAUUUCCCGCCGCCUAAGCAGGUACAGAUGUAUGAAGCUGCGUUGAGCCGACCGAUCGCUUCUACAUUCCUUGUCUGUCAGGCCAUCUGCUGUGGGGUCCCACUACUUGUGUUCCUCGUGGGUGUUUUCAUCUUCGCUGCCGUGUCUUUGCUGCUCUGGGCAGUUUUGUCCCUGUUGAUCCUGGGACCGGUCCUACUGGUUGCCAGUAUGAUGGGCGUUUCGCUGUGGGGCUGGGGGUGGAUUUUAUAUGGGUUGAUGAAAUGGGUCGAUAAGCGGUUUUUGGGGGGGAAUGAUCGCUCGCUUUUGGGGGCUUCCGCAGGCUCAGGAGGGGGGUGGUCAAGAGGAGGGUGA